GUACUAAGCACUUCCUUAAGCGCUAGUAGACACGUCUUAACUUCGUGUAGCCUGUCCAUUCUCGGUCAAACUCACUUGGCGUAACGUGCAAGGAUGGGCUCCGGACUUUCGCGCACCGAGGAGGUUCCUGACUAUACGGUUGAAAUUCAGGUUAAGGCGGAAGUGCAGGUGGAGGAUGUGAUCGCCACCGCGCAGGCCGCAGGUCGUGCUAUCUUACAAAUCUACAACAGCGAGGUGGGGUUUGCUCGCGUGCGGAUAGAGGCAUCAACAUGGGAGGUCCAAAUGAAAAGCGAUGCCUCACCGCUUACACGAGCGGAUCGGGACGCGAACGCGGUAAUUUGCCAGGCGCUGCAGAACAUUAGUCCCCACAUCCCGAUCAUCUCCGAGGAGAACAAGAUGGUGCCGCACUCCAUACGCCAGAAAUACCAGUACUACUGGCUUGUCGACCCACUAGACGGCACCAAGGAGUUCCUAAAGCGCAACGGCCAAUUCACGGUCAACAUCGCGCUUAUCAGCGGCGACACGCCGGUGCUGGGCGUGGUGGAUGUGCCCUGCCAGGGCAAGACCUACUGGGCGGUGAAGGGCAAGGGCUCCUGGCUGCGCACCAGCGAGGGGCAGCGGCGGAUACAGUGCGCGGAGUUUGGGUUCGAGGACUCGGGGCUCAAGAUCUGCGCCUCCGCCAGCCACCUCAACAAGGAGACCGAGGACUUCAUCCAGCUGUUCCAGUCGCCCGAGUUCGUGCAGGUGGGCAGCUCGCUGAAGCUGCUGAUGGUGGCGGAGGGCGCGGCGCACAUCUACCCCAGGCUGGGUCCCACCUGCGAGUGGGACACGGCUGCUGCCGACGUGAUCGUGCGCGAGGCGGGCGGCGCGGUGCUGCAGGCGGGCAAGCAGGACAACAAGGGCAACGCGAUGCAGGACUGGAAGGAUGAGCUGUUGAAGGAGCUGCCGGUGGUGUACAACAAGGAGGACGUGCUGAACCCCUACUUCGUGGUGUUCGGCAAGCGGAGGGCGGGGGCGGCACCGGCGCGCAGCUGAGCGGGCAGCAGUAGCGGGCUGGCUGGCGGACAGGCUGGGGUAGGAGGGAGGGCUUGGGGGGGGCGACGUGCAGAGGGUGGUGGUGGUUGAGCAGGAGGAGGAGGGGAAGGAGGAGGAGGGUGCUCCGGGGUGGCGAGUGCAGCAGAGUGGGCUUUAGUGUGGUGUGGUGCUGCGGACGAGGCGCGCAUGGAGGUGGUGGUGCUGCAUGGGUGUUGCAGUCGGCGCCGUGUGACCAGCAGCAGGAGCGCCGCCGCAAUAGCAGCAGCAGCUAGACGCCUCCUCCUCUGAAGUUGUAAGAGCCGGCUUCUCCAGUCCUCCUCCUCCUGCUGAGCCCCUGUUGCAUGGUUGACGCCGCUGCAAGGCACGCGUGCCAGCCACUGCCCCCUUGCCAAGGCUUUCACCACCGGGUGUACGACACCGAAAAGGCACAACCGUACACACAUGGCCAUGAAAACUUGCGGAGCACACACAUGCAUCCCCACACCGGCGGCAGGCUUGCACGUGCUAGUGCGUUGUCGGGGCCCCCCCUAGCUGCUGUUAGCUGGUGCUGGUGUAGCUGGUGUCCUGACUGCGUAGUUCGGAUCACUGCACGCAUCAGCAGUUGGUGAGCGUGGCGGCUAGGGAGUCGUACGAGGUGGUGGUGGCUGGCGCGGUGUUGUUGGCGGUGGUGGCGUCCUGCGCUGGGCGGGCGGAGUGGUGGAGGUGUGGAGGGGCUGCUGCCGCUGCUAGGAAGUAACGCGCCUCAUCCGCCGGGGCUUGCCUAGGGACGUAGGGAGGGAGGGGAGCCCCCAUGGGGCGUGUGUGUUGGGUAUGGAUGGCGCAAGGUGGUGCAACAAGGGAGCGAGGCGGAGGGUGGGUGGAGAGCGGAGGUCAUGGAG